AACAACAACAACACACAGAAUAUACUGUAUAUGCAAACCAAACACACCGUUACCUCACAAUUGUGACGGCAUUUUCAAUAUAUACCUAAAGUUUUUUUUGUUGGUUCAGUUGUUGUUGUUUUUUAUUAGCAAAAAAAAGACAAACCAAACAAUUGUUGUGACUUUUGUUUGGAUUUUUUUAGGAUAAAAGGAAGUCAUAAUCGCAUCACUUUUUUUAGGUGUGUGUGUCUAUUAUCAGUGAUUUUUUUGGUCAAUGAAUGUCGUAACCAAUCAGUCAAUGAUGUAUGUGUUGGGCACCAGUAAUGCCAUAUCGGAGUCACAGUCGCUGAAGCAACAGAUCGAUGGUCUGAAUGCAGACAACGAACAGCUGAGGAGGAAGUUGUCGGCGAAGAACACUGAAUGCGAUAAAUUGAAGCAACAAAUCAAAGAAAUCAAAUUAGAGUGCGACAGAUAUAAACAAAUUAUGAUGCAAUUGAAUGAAACACUCAUCAAUGGGGGCAGCAGUGGACACACCGGCAAAUCCCGUAAAAACAAUAACAAUUACUAUGGUUGCCAACAGUGCUGUCACUCAAACAAGCCGUAUGUAUGCGAAUGGGACAACUGUGGCAAACGGUUCAGAUCGCGGGCCCAUUUGGACAGCCAUAAAAACUCGCACACCGGGCGCCGGUUUCCAUGCGAUUGGCCUAAUUGUGGCAAAAGUUUUAUGAGAAAAUAUAAUUUAGUUGAACAUAAAAAAUUGCACUCCAGUCCCAAUCCAAAUGUCUGCGAGUUUGCCAAUUGUGGCAAAUUUUUCUCAAGUAAAUAUAGUUUGAUGAGACAUCAGAGCCAACAACACACACAGGAACCAAAAGGACAUCUAACCAGCGCCCAAAUGGCUGAGCUUUUUAAGACAACCGAGUAAUUCAUUAUUAUACUAACUGUAUACUGUAUUUGACAACUAAAUAUUAAUAAUAUCUCAUUAAUUAUGUAAAUAAAUUU